CUUGCGUGAGGGAUGAGGCUGUGCACAGGGACACCAGGCCAGAGCUGCGGCCUACUUCUCACAAGAGCCGGUCUCUCGACUGCAAGAUCUGUGAACACAUUGCCACCAUCAAAUCAGCAUCUUUGGGCAUCAGGUAGAUCCAGGAGCAUGAGCAGGACUUUGAGCUGCGGGAGCAGAUGUCUGGGUAUAAGCGCAUGCGGCGACAGCACCAGAAGCAGCUGAUCGCCCUGGAGAACAGGCUAAAGGCCGAGAUGGAUGAGCAUAGGCUCCGGCUGCAGAAGGAAUUAGAGACACAUGCGAACAACACUUACAUUGAGCUGGAAAGACUGGCCAAACGCCAUGCUGCUCAAACAGACAAAGAGAUGAAGUCAGUCGCAGCAGAAGAGAGGCGGAUCCAGCAACAGAUUGUUGCUCAGCAAAAGAAAGAGCUGACUUCUUUCUUAGAGAACCAGAAAAAGGAAUACAGGCUUUGCAAAGAGAAGAUCAAGGAUGAGAUGAAUGAGGACCCUUGUACACCCAAGGAGGAAAAACAGGAGCGUCUGUCGAGGCACAAAGAAACAAUGCAGCGCUCUCAGGCUGAGGAGGAAGCUCAUCUUCUGGCCCAGCAGAGACUGGUCUAUGACCGGAGCUGUAGGGCCCUGAAACGCCGGAGUCUGGUCAGGAGGCAUGAGUUUGAGCAGGAGCAACUAAGAGAGGAACUGAACAAGAAGAGGACCCAGAAGGAGAUGGAACACGCCCUGAUGAUCCGGCAGGACGAAUCCACCCAAGACAUGGAGCGCCGUCAACUCCAGAUGCUCCAGAAGCUUCGUGUCGAACUCAUCCGGCUACAGCACCAGACUGAGCUCGAAAACCAGGAGGAAUACAACGGCCGGCGGCAGAGAGAACUGCACAGGAAACACAGUCUGGAGCAGCGGCAGCAGCCCAGAAACCUCAAGACGCUGGAGAUGCAGAUCAAAAAACAGUUCCAGGACACUUGCAAGGUGCAGAACAAGCAGUACAAAGCUCUUAGGAACCACCAACUGGAGGUUUCCCCCAAAGGUGACCACAAAACCAUCCUGAAGGGCCUGAAAGAGGAGCAGACACGCAAACUGGCUGUUUUGGCCGAGCAGUACGAACAGAGCAUCAACGAGAUGAUGGCUUCACAGGCGAUGCGACUAGAAGCUGAGCAGGAAACGGAGUGCCAAGCUCUGAAGCAGCAGCUGAAGCAAGAGAUGGAGCUUCUGGACGCCUACCAGAGAAAAACCAAGUCACAGAUGGAGACCCAACAUGAGCGAGAGCAGCAGAAACUUGAGCAGAAGGUCUCCAUACGGAGAGCGCACCUUGAACAGAAGAUUGAGGAGGAACUGGCCGCACUUCAGAAGGAACGUACCGAAAGGAUCAAGCACUUGCUGGAACGUCAGGACAGAGAAAGUAAUGCUUUUGACACAGAAAGUAGAAGCCUCGGCUUUGGAAGCCUGGGAUCUCUGGACUUCCCCAAAGAAGACAACAGAUGAAAGUGGAUUUAUCUUUAGAGGACAACAUAUCCGUGCCCUUUUCACGUCCACUUGACCGUUUGUCACGUCCACGGUGACCAAACUGGAUAACUUUCUCUACUCCUUUUCUUCUCUCUUAGAUAUUGCAUCUUCGAAUCGAGGUGUUACGUGCAAUGAGAGCUUCUUUUGUGAAACUUGAAGGGGGAAAGUAAAGCAAAAGAAUCUACAACAACAAACAACAUGUCAAUAAAAAUCCAACCUAGUCAGUGUAACUUCAAAACCUAUGUGUUCAAAGUAAGAAGACUCUUUCCUCCAUGCCAUUUCCUCCUUUUGGUAUGAAUUGAAUAAAUCAGGAAAUUUUAGUAAAAUGGGCACUUUGAUAUGUUUAAGUAGAACCCCAUCAUGUUCAUAUGAUGCUUAAUGUGUGUGUUACAUGGAGGGACAUUGUGGAAUGUGAGCUGCGGACUCCCCCGUGGUGUUAAGCUGCUUUGUCUUUUUAAUUAUUUCUUUUAUUCAGUUUUAUUUGAUUUCAUUUACUUUUAUUUUAAUCUCUGAAUGUGAAUAUUACUGUAUGGGGUCACUGGAUAGUCAGAGUUUAUCCAUUUUUUAAGUUUUUCUUUUAAAAUCAUUCAGUCAUACUUCCAUAUUGUGCUUAUGCAUACAGUAUACUGUGGUCCCUCACUUUUUCUAGGCAACCGUUCUUAUCUUUUCUUUCAUUUGAUAUGUAGAAUCAAUUGGCAUUAGCUUGAUCAACCCGUUUUUAUCUUAUCACAAUUCAAGAUCCCACUUGGUAAAACUGCUUAUUAUUGCAUGCACUUUAAGGACAAAUUCAGGUUGUGAAGUGAAGCAUGAAUCUGUCAGAGAUUUUAGCUGUUUGUAAAUAAAAGUGGUCAUAGCGUUUUUUUGUUUUAAGCCUAUGGAUACUGGACAUAAGCGCCAUAUUUGAUAUGAUAAUUUCACAAAUGCCUUUCUUUAAGUUGUGCCUGAAGCAGAUUUUAGUUACGUGUUUGUUAUAUCUAUAUUUUACUUACUGAAGGCCGGCACCAUUAUGUUUUUGGGUUCAUCUAAACUUGUGUGAAUCAUUUAAUGUUCACUAAUCAAAGUUCUUGUAAAGGAAAAUGGUGAGAAUUGUGCUGUAUAAUUUUUGAUAUGAAUAUUUGUACAUGAGAACAUAGCUAGAAUAUACAGAGACACUGGUCUAUUACUGAUUACAGAGCUUAAUGAUAAAGAUUUUUGUUUCUUUUUCUUUUUGUUUUAUAAUAUAGAGAAAUGGUCAUACAAUAGCUCAAUAUAUUGCUAAGUCGAACCACUAGACUGUCAGAUUGUAUAAAUGCUGGUGAAUGGAACCACAGAGUUCUUAUAAUACCUUUUGCAGAUCAGCGGUCCUACAAAAGCAAACGUACCAACACGUGGGUCCGGAUUGCAUUUGAGUAAUUAGUGUCUAAUGAUAAGAUUUACAUAUUUUUCGCCAUGUUCAUUAUGGUCAUUGAACAGGUUGCACAAUUAUUCCAUUUGUACCGAAUGGAACGAUAAUUGUUUGGUGCUUAAUUUCUAAUACCACCUUUAGCCUUGUAGUUUUUUGUCUUGGAGAGAUGAUUGAUUUUUACAAAAUGUGAGCAUUUUGAAAACCCCCUCUGAGUCAAAACACUACUAAGUUUUUCUCAUGACAUAUUUAGAGUGCCCCAUGCAGUGAAACCCUCUAAAAAAUGAAGUAUAUGUAUGAAAAAAUAAAUACUAUUUUAUCAUG